UCUCCAUCCCAUUUGCUUUUAAAGCUGCCCUGUAAGAGUGGGAGUGCAGAACUGCUGCUUCCCCAGGAUUACAGGAACUGAGGUUACUCUGUUACUGAAUGCGCUAGGAAUUCUCCUCCAGCCGCUACCACCGAGACCUCAGCUUCCAUACAGGAGGCAGAAAAGAUAUUUCGAAGAAGACACUUCUGCUUUGGCCUGUUCCAUCAGUCAAUAUGGCUGGCACAACACCUCCUCCAGGCUGUGGCAACAUUGGCUCUGAUAAUUAUCUCCUCUGUGACACUAACCGAGCCUGGGGCAUCGUCCUGGAGUCACUGGCUGCUGCUGGUGUUGUUACCACAGUCAUACUCAUGUUCUCACUCCUUUUCCUCAUCUGCAAAGUCCAAGACAACAGCAAGCGAAACAUGAUUCCUGUCUAUUUCCUUUUCCUCUUAGGUACCUUAGGUAUCUUUGGCCUUACCUUUGCCUUCAUCAUUAAUUUCAAUGAGAGGACUGGCCCAACACGCUUUUUCCUCUUUGGGGUUCUCUUUGCCCUCUGCUUCUCCUGUCUCCUGACUCAUUCCUCAAAUCUCAUCAAGCUGGUGAGGGGGAAGACUCCCAUUUCAUGUUGGGUGCUGCUGAUUCUUGCCACUGGCUUCACUCUGGUUCAGGUUAUCAUAGCUAUAGAAUAUAUAGUCAUUAAGACGAACCAUUUAAACUUUACUCAGAUGUCUCGGGACCAACACAAUAGUGACUUUGUCAUGCUUCUGAUCUAUGUCCUCUUCUUGCUGGCUCUCACCUUCCUGUUCUCAAUGUUCACCUUCUGUGGUCCUCACAAAGGCUGGAAGAGGUCUGGAGCACACAUCUUUUUCACUGCCCUGUUCUCCAUAGCCAUCUGGGUGGUAUGGAUCACCAUGCUCAUGGGAGUCUUAACCAUGCAAGACAUGUGGGAUGACCCCACCCUCAGCAUCGCUCUGGUGUCCAAUGGCUGGGUCUUCCUAAUCAUGUACAUAGUACCUGAACUCUGUUUCCUCACCAGCCCAAGCAGGCCUGAGGACUACCCUCUGGAAAAUAAUUUCUGUCAACCUAAACACAUAAAGCAGAGUUCUGGAAUGGAAAACCGAGCCUAUAGCCAGGAGGAGAUCAUGCAAGAAGGCAAUGGAGACCUAGCUUAUAGCUCAUAUUCUCCUCAUUUUCAGUUGAAGACCCUUGAUCCCCAAAAGGAUUUCUCCAUUCCACGGCCUAAAGCCCGGGCAAGUCCAUAUCAAGAGUAUGCUGGUGGGAAAGACACCAAGUAGUAGCUCAUCAAUGAACAGAGAGACAAUGAACAGUCAGAAAGGGGCCAUGAGGACAGGCCACAUGGUGCUUCUCUUAUGCUGCAAAGAGAGCGAGUCAGACUGAUGGUGCUGCAUCUGAUGAAAAAGAAGGGUCUUGUCGUCUUCUCCCACCCUCUUUUGGUCUGCACAUGUAGAUUUUUAGUUCCCAUUCUCUCCUAGACCAAAAGAGGAUGUUUAGACCUAUCCUGCCCUUCGCCUCAAUUCUCUCCCCUCAACCAUGUGGCUUAGCUCAACAGCCAUCACACGCCUACUACAUGUGUGAAGAUCAUAUCCUCCAGUGCACCAGAGCUCCUUGGUGCUGGUCCUGGUAAUCAGACAGGUCAUCAGCUGGACUCCAAAACCCUUCAGCCAGGCUUCUAAUUUCUGAUCAGCGCACACUGGUUGUGUUGUGCCCUACAGCCAGGUGGAAGAGAGAGGAAGCAAUAACCUUCUGCCCACCCAUCUAGGGGCCACUUCCUCUACCAGAGAAUGUACCUGACUUGUAUGGCAUUGAUCCAGUCAAGCACUGCAGCCCCUCCCAGCUCCAGUUCCACAGAACUGACUCACAGCCAGAGCUAAGAGGAAGAGAGAGAAAGAAUUACAAGAAUGUCCACUUUUUUCCAUUCCACCCGUACAGGUUUUUGACCAAUUCCUAAUCAACAAUCAAGGUGGUUGGACAAUGGGGAUAACUUUUCAUGGAGAAAAAAAAUGCUGGUCAUUAUUUUCCACUGAAAUACUGAAACCUCUCCACACUAAAAAGGAAAAAGGUGGUUGAAAUUUAGCAUUGCCCAACAAAAGAACUCUAGAAGUGGGACAUACAAAACAUAUAUGUAGAAGGAUGUGAUUAUUUCAGCUUUGAGCGUGUCUGAGUGUGCUUGUGUCUUAAUACAGUAUUUAUUUGUCUCUCUCUUGCUCAACAUUGAGCACGUUGUUGGCACUUAAAUAAUUAUUAAUAUUAUUAAUGUCAUAUGUCUAUGUAUUCCAGUUAUAGAACAUACCAGCCUACUGCUUUGAUACUUGUCCAAUCUUGAUUUUUUAAAAAAAAGGGAACCUACAGAUCACAAUUGGGAUACGAUACUCCAAUUUUCAGACACCUCCUGGAUCCCACCCCCCCUGCAAAAUAUAUUUGUCUAUUCACUCCCAUGCACCUUCUCACCUCCACCCUACUCAUACUCCAAAGGACAGACAGGCCUUGUAGUAUACAUGUACUGCAUUGCUAGGUAUCUGCAUGCUCUGGUACAUGAGCUGCAAACUACUUUUCCCCCAUCCAAAUUGUUUUGCCUAAAAUGCACCAGUCUGUCAUUACCUGCAUCCACACUGUGACUACAGGCACUUGUGUAUAGUGCUGAGAUUAACAGGCAUGCAUCCCAUGUUCCCAAGCACUGUACAGAGAAGAGGUCUUCUAGGAAGUUAUAUUCAGCACAAUGUGAGACCACCUGUCUUCCCUUAAUACAGCUAAAGGUGGAAAUUUAUGUUUACCCACCAUUACAUGCAGAUUUGUCAAUCCAACAUGCUGCUUAGUUCAGUGCAUUUGUAGCAGUAAUCAGAACCAUGGAUCCAUUGGAUUAGCUCUUCCUGGCUGCAGAUAAACUGCUUAUGAUGUGAAAAUACUGGAAGGCCUUUCAGAAUUAGAAGAGACAAGAGUGCUGGGCAUGACAAAUGUAGAAGCAUAUAAGACAGAUUUGGAAAGCACAAUUAAUGUUGCAAUUGUCAAAUUAUCCCCACAUCUACACUAGUGUAGAUAGAUCACAUCAUUUUACAAGUCUAAGAUGACCAGUACUCACUCCAGAACUACUACACGAGGAAGCAAACCUUUAUGACUCUCUGCAAGGACCCUGACCCAACCAUCCACACUAUACAAAACAUUUGAGAGAGCCCUAUCAACAGAAGUGGGUUGCUAUUGUUCUCUAGACAUUGGUUACCACAUAACAUUACAGGUCCAAAGCUAACUAUCUGGAUGUUGUCUGGUCAACUGUUGGCCUCAUGGUGGUGAAGAUGAUGGUGAAGAUUUGCAUUUCUGUUAUGAAGGUGAUUUACCUGUAGGCUAUGGGCCUCAGGGUUUUACUUAAACUAAUAGCUGGCUUUCAGUGAAUGAGGUUUUCAAAGUGGCCUGGAGACACUGAUGGUGUGCAUGUGCCCACAGUUUGCCCUCCUAAAUGAGUUCAUGAAUAUAGUAACUACAAAGGGCACUACAGGGGCAAACUGAUGAAUGACAUGAAAAGUACUGACAAGGUGCAUACCACCAGGUUCCAAGGCAAUUUGACAUUUAUGUGCCGGAACAUGCCAGGAUCUUAAUCCUUCCCAAGGACAGGACCAUGAACAGGGGGCUCAUGCCCACUGAAAUUAUGGAAGACUUUGUCCAUGCCUUCCUGACAUGGCUCAUGAAGGCACAGCCAGAAAGGAAACUCAACCCCUUUCUUACCAGUUGCAGAAUGGUGGGGGAAUUCACAUUUGGAAAGCUGAGGGCAAGAUGGUGCUACCUCCAAAAUCAUUUGAAUGCCAAUGUGCCAAAAGCCAUAUGCAUGACUAUAGCUUGCUGCUUCCUGCACAUCUGCAAAAAUGAGAGGCAAACAGUUUUAUAUGGUAGGAACCAUGGAUGUCAAUAAAGUUCUCAACCAAUUUGUACAAUCAGAAAGAGCCCUCAUAAACACUAUGAGCCCAAGGUCAACAGAAGCAAUGGAAAUUAAAGAUGCCAUAUGCAUUCACAUCUAUGCCACACAUGGUGAUUUUUUAUGAGUAACUGAUUACUAAUGCAUGCACUGCUUUGUCAAUAAUGAAAUACCAUGGAACAUGCUGUACUGAUAUGUACCAGGAAUUUAAAGUGGCUGCUGUGCUUAUUUUUCAAAACUUCUGCAGUGAAGGGACUGCUAAUCUGUACAGGGUUAUUUUGUGCCUGAUUAAUUAUAAGGCUUGAAUUGGAUAAGGGUUUAUUUAUUUGCCAAGUUAAAUAUCAAUUUAAAUGCAACUCUCUGUGCUUGCUAAUUUGGGCGCACGGGCUGUCAUUUUAUUGACUUGUAUAGAUAUAUAGUUUCUGGCUUUUUGUACUUCAAUAAAGCCCU